UUUGUCUGAGCUGUAGACCAACGCACCAAAUCACACACUCUACUCUCUCUCUCUCUCUUAGCAAAAUCUCUACUUUGUGAUAGAACUAGCGUUAAUGGAGGAGUUCGAGCACAUGAUAGUGGAGGAGUUCAGCGAAGAAGACUUCUACGAGACGAUAGAAGCACCCAAGUUUGUAGAUCUCACCGCACCAGAUCAUCGCCCAGAAGGCGACGACCGUUACUGGUUCUGUUCCAGAGUUGGAUGUGACCAGAAGCAUGAAGAGUUCAUGGAUUCAGAAGCAAUCUACAAAAACUUUGUUCUUCGGGUCAUGGCAGCUAGGAGUCCAAGUGUUCGUCUUCGUAAAGCUCUUUACAGAAAGGACUUCAGUGCUGAGAUUCCUAAAUGCCCCAACACGGUUCCUGCAAAGCCUUCGAGAUCAAGUGUUUCUAGAUUGGCUAUGAUCUCAUCUAUUCCUCAUAAGGCUAAUAAUAACAUGAGGUCAAAAGAAGUCAAAGCUAUUCCCACGCGGAAGAAUGCAACUCCAAAGGCAAAAGCAGUAAAAGGAAAAGAAGAGUCAUCAGUUCCUCGCAAGGCGUUAACUGAGAUGAAGAAGAAGAAGCAAAUGCAGAGUCCUCCAGCAGCUUUCAGGAGUGUGCAGCAGCAUCCGAGAACUGCAGCAGCAACUAGAGCGGCUGAAAACAGAGUUGUUGCAAAGGCUUUGGUGUUUGUUUCUCCGAAGAAGCUGGUGAAACUGAAGAGAUCUGUGGAGCUUAGUUCCUCGGUGAAGAAGUUGUGUGGUGGGAUGAGGAAGCUCGAGGUUGAAAGCAAAAGAAAGGGUUUGGGGGUUAAUGAUAAAGCUGGGACUUCAACAACUCCGUCUAAGAAACCACUAAGGACACGAGAGGUGAAGAGCCGAGUGUUUGAUUCACAGAAACAGAUUGGUGAAAAGGUCAAAGGUUCUGCUACUUUGAAAAAGAGGGUCAAGGAAAAGAAAGAGCCUGUGCUUACCUCUGAUCCUUCAAAGUCUCAUGAAGGUAAGGCCAAGGGGGUUAAGAAUCAAGUCUUGGUGGAAAACAAAUCAGAAGAAGUGUCAGACACAUUGAAAGCUAAGGCUAAGGCGAAGGACAACCAACUCCUGUCCAGAGAAGAUCGUGAAGACAAAGAGAAUGCUACUAUUGCAGCGGAUAUCGAUAGAGAAGAUACUUGUGUAUCAGAGGAGAGUAAACUGGAUAAAGCAAAGCAGUGUGAGACUACUGAGAUUGAAGAGAAGGAAAAUGUAUUAGCAUUGGAGGAUGACGACAAAGAAAAUACUACUAAUGCAGAAAAUGAUGACAAGGAAAAUGCUUCAGCCAUGGACAAUAACAGGAAAGUUGACCAAUCCCCCAACCCUCUGUUGAAAAAGAAAGUCUUUGGUAGGAAAGAAACUUGCAAAACCACUCAAAAGGCGAUGACAGCAGCAGAUAAGUGUUUCAAUGGCAAGACUGUUUCGGCAGUCAAGUAUACAAAACCUAAGCUCACGAAUCCAAAGCCUUUCCGACUAAGAACCGAUGAAAGAAGAAUCCUCAAGGAAGCAAAUGCUGAGAAGAAACCACAUUGUGCACGUGCCAAAGAAGAAGAAACUACAAACAUUCUUGGACUACAUGCUGAAAACAUUGGUCCAAAACAUCAGCCAGUUAGACUGGAGAAGAACACAACAACUUCCAGGUUAAAAGCUUCUAGAGGAACAUCCGUAACACUUGUUAGACACGAUGCCUCUGGAGAUAUGGUGAAUUCCAAGAGGGUUGCAUCAGGUACAAAGAAGCAAGUGGCAAGUAAAAGAGUUAUAACCAUGGAGGAAACCUCGCUGAUGAAUGGAGAAUCUAAGGAAGCUGCAACCAUCAGCAAUAAACCUUCUGUUUGUGCUGUUGUUGCUUCUGGGGAGAAAAGACAUGCAACUGUCCCAAAGGGACCAAACUUCCAUAGCAUUCAUGUACCUAAGAGCUGCACAAUGAGAGUGCCAUCACAUGUCUAAAAUCUUCGGUUUAAUUCACACGAGAGUCUUGUAAUUUGGUUUGGAUCUUUGAGAAGUAAGAGAAGUGAGUUUGUUUUAGUGUGUAUAAAACACUUGCUCACUUUUAUAGUUGAUCAAUAUUAAAAAAAUAUAUUCAUUGUUGGUAUUGUGGAGCUUAGAGAAGAACUAAGUAAGAUUCGCCA